AAUGUUAUACGAGUCUUUCGAUGUUGUAAAGAGAGAGAGAGAGAGAGAGAGAGAAAUACACACUAUAUUUGUAUCGCAAAACAAUUCCUCUGUGGAAAACGAAAAGGAGGAGACGUCGUCUAGCGAUGCCUCAACACCGCCGAAUCCGUCACCGACUCACGAUCACAACUACAUGACGUCACUUAACGGCGUCGAAAAAAAACCAGCUCAAAAACGCUCUUCGGUGGCGCAAUUGUUAGAAGAACGUGAAAAACGGCGGCAGGAGACUCCAACAGCAUCAACAAAUAUGAUGGCGGCAAAUUUCACCCUCAACUUGACUGAAUCAGUUCAGAAGGUUAUGACGGCGCUAGAAGAUGAAGAACUUGUAAAUGGCGAUUUAUCGCCCGCGUCCAAAAAAAGGCCGAGGGAAGAAGGCAAAAAUGAAGGAGGCGGUGGAACAGGGAGAGGAAAACGGAGAUCCGAGUCGCCGCCUAGCGCCGAUUAG